GCAAGGACGGUGGCGUGUGGAAUCGUCAGUAAGCCGCGAACAACCGGGUGAGAGAGUAACGCGCCGGCCACCCUCCGUUCUUGGCGAGGAGCGUGCAGUGUUUUUAGUGUCCAUGUGAGGUCGUCCUAAGGAAACCCGCGCUGGCUGUGGAUUGAUGAUGUAUUAAAAUCUAUAAGGUAGCGAUGUGUUUUCGAAAUUUCUGAUUGUCUUUAUAACGAUUUAAUAGCAAACACAAGAUUAUCAAAUGUCUUUAAUGAUGAAAGUUUCCUGUGGAAUAACGCGUGUGAGUGUUUUCCGCCCAAUGUAUGAACGUUCAAGGAAGCAAGAGAAGGCAAGAUCUAUCGAACACUACCAUGCUGGGCCAUAGAUCGUUUUUCCUGUCGUGCAGCGCUAUCAGGGUACGAGGAACCAGCUGCCUGUGGCCUAUUCCUGAGCGGAAUGGCAAUAGGACGGUGGAGUCCGGCGAUUAGACUGACCCACGGUUGCCUCACUCAUCUAGGAUUGAGACCUAGCAACAUCCUAUGCCCAACAGAUGACACAAAACAGGAUAGGCGGAGCUUUCCCUCUGGGAACGAGGAUGUGUGUGAGGUGAAGCGGCGUCUUGCCUGUGUAAAAUUCUCGCAUGUGUUGAAAAAAAGGCUAAAUGCAUGUCCUCAGCGUCACAGGGUUCCGAUGACAAAGGUCACUAUAAGCGGAGGCCACGCAACUCACCGGAGUUUGCGCUGUGGCAAGGGCUCCAGUGAGUAUCGUUUCUGGGAGCGAAAAAGAUCCUGCCAAGAACUUCACUCUGUAUUAAGCGGCGUGAAGGGACCUGCAGGGAAAACAUCCACGCAUCAUCAUGAUUUGGACAAUUGUUAUGACACGACCAAAAGUGUUAUUUGCACAACAACGAACCAUCAGUGUCGAAGUGGGAGGGCGAGAGACUCAACUUUCAUCACUCAGAGACGAUCUGGCCGCCAAAAUAAAUUAAGUGGACACUAUGUGGUAGCCAAAGCACAUGGAGGAGGCGCCAGCCUUGAGAUGCGAACUAUGCUAGUAGUUGUGGCCAUGGUGGUAGGAUCAUGCCAUGCUCUGCCUACUCUGCCCCCACACAUUUCAUCCUCCAGGGCGCCGCAAAUCGACCAUCAACCUCCAAGGAAAGAGUUGCCAGUGUGUUGCGGCGAGGGGACGCAGGGAAUGCGGCCAACCAAUAUCACAGUGCUGAGGACAUCUCCUACUUCAGUUCUUGUCACCUGGACGCGGCCCUCCAUCCAGCCCGUCAAGUAUGAGAUCACUUACAAGCCAACCAACGCCAAGUACCGCGUGGUGGCGGAGGUCAAGGCGCCCCUCAAGAGCGUGGUGUUGGAGAGGUUGCUGCCCCUCACACAAUAUCAAGUGUUCGUCACCACCGUCAUCAACAACACUGCUGUCUGGAGGUCGCCUGUCGUCACAUUCCAUACUUCCAUUGAAGACAUCAACGCACCUGUUAACGGGACGGUGAGAAUAUUUAGCACUCCAACGAUUCUGGAGGGUGUGGACGUGGACCUUGACGAGGUAGGGUCCACUGUGACUACCGACAGGAAGAUGGGCCACGUGAGGGUUCGCGCCGAGGAGGUUGGCAUCGUGCUGCUGGUGCUGGCCGUGUGGAUGUUUGCUAUCGCCCUCUUCUUCAACAGGUGGGGUAAAAUCAGGAUGCUGGAGCCAUAUCAAGAACCGUACAAGGAGGCGCCACAACAGCUCCUGCAGCACCGGCCGUCGUGCCCCAUGGCAGACCCUUGCGCCCUCCCCAUCAACUCCCUGAAGCGUCCUUCCCUUACCCAUUCCCAGCUGGAGCACCACAUGAGUCACCGUCGACCUCGCCAAAACUCAGUCUUCGUGGGGCGCUCGUCUCGGUCACACAGCCUGGAGGUGCAUCCGCCACGACGCGUCAAAAGUGCUCUAAAUCUGACCACAUUAGUGUUGCAGGAGAGCGAAGAGGAGGGCGCUGUAGCCACCACAUUCACCUAGUUCUUCAUACAUAUUUCGCCUUCGCCCUUGGAGAGGUCGUUCCUUCGCCAGUAGAUUCCACAUACUGUCAUCGAAGUGCCCUCCGCAGCCUUCGGUCGUGAGACUCUGGUGAUCCUUUAGGGUUAUAGCGAAAGAGACACGGAUUACGGCACACGCUGGAACGGCUUCUGAAAAUAUCAAUUUAAAAAAGACGCAUUUAUCCCAUGUUCUAUGCUAUCUUGGACAUUUCUCAACCUUCACAUCUGUAGAAGCCUUCUGAUAUCACAAUAGUGCCCAGUGAGGACGUGCUCUGCAGUAGUGGAGGCGGUUGUGUCGUGAGGACUCGUUAAGCGCAGAGCGACGGAAUCGAGUAAAGGGUUACCUUACCUUACGCCCUACGCAGGUAAUGACUAAUGGACAUGUAACGGAAGAUUUCACAUUCUAUAACACCAUAAUACUUCGACUCCAUUUUCCGCUUUUCCAAAUCUCUGCAGUGUUGCCUAGUUGAAAUAUAAUUAGGAAACAAUCUAUAUAUUCCAGAUCCAAAUAUAUAUGAAUAUGUUCAAUAUCUAUUUGAUAUUUCUGUGGCUCAUCUUGUACAUAGUUAUCUUGUUCACUUUCAACAAGUUGUAUGAAAGAAAAUAAUUAAUUACUCGUAUGUGUUCAUUGAUUUUGGGCCAACCAUCAUCAGGCUUCAGUGAUCAGAUCUCCGUGCAGUAGUCUUUGGUUCAGGACCUAACACAGGGCUGUCUUGUGUAAGCACAACUAUUUCUUAUGCAUUGUAAUAACAUUCCUUCGUAUAGUUAAUCAUUACUUCCUGGUAUUCGAAAAGCAGCGAACACCUUAGUUCAAAGUGUCAUUUUUUGUUUCCGUUCCAAUUUAUCCAUUAUCAUUGUUGGCUUUAUAUAUUUACUGGAAUGAACUAACUCAACAGUUUUGUUAACAAAAUCCUGCCCUCGAUUUCAUCAUUUUCGUCUAAUGAAUUGCGCUACGGUUAUCCAUUCCAUAAAUGGGUUCUUAACAACAUAUCCAGCUCAUCUUUCCUAUCGCAAACUUCCAUCUCUUCAGGACAUAUCUACUCUAGAUUUAACUAAUGAUCAUUCCUAUCUUGUAAAUAAGAUAAUGAUUACUUAUUAUAUGAUUUCUCAGCCAUUUCACAUGAAGAUGUUCAGCAAGCGAUGCCCAAACUCAUCAUAAUGAAGACAGAAGUAGUGAGCUGAACAAAUGAUUGCGUUCCUACGUUUUGAUUUUCUUAUCAUUUCAUUGUAAGUACAAGGAUUUAUGUCACUCCUUCUUCCCUACCCGCUCCCUCCCACCCUCACUCCUCCGGACGUUCCUCCAUUAACUGGAACGAAAAGUGUAAGAAACUUCCUCAAGGACUCUAUGAAGGGCACGAGUUUCAAAAUAAGGCAAAAGUCAUGACCUUAAAGUCUAAAGACUGCAAGAUGUGCGGCUGGGAUAAAUCAGAUUUAGUGGGAGAGUGACAAACUUGAGUGGAUGCUCUCUCUCUCUCUCUCUCUCUCUCUCUCUCUCUCUCUCUCUCUCUCUCUCUCUCUAAUAUGUGUGUGUGUGUGUGUGUGUGUGUGUGUGUGUGUGUGUGUGUGU